AAUAGAACUUUUUUUCCAUAAAAGUUCGUAAAUGUCGUGUAUUUGCUCUUUAAAUGAGGUUUAGUGUUUGUUGUUAUUAUUGGAAGUAGGCCUAGUUGAAAAUCACUCGACAGGAUGGUGUCCCAAACCGGGUGGGUGUUUGGUGGGAGGCGCGUGAGCGGCGUGACGGGGAACAUGAGCGGCACGCGGAGUCCCGGAGAAGCCGACGGGGUGACCGUCACGGCACGGAGAAUCCAGCGGCUGCACCGGUGAUGUUUAACGGCGGUUUGCAGUCCGAGGUUUAGCGUAGCGGUGCGUAAAGACCGCGCACGACUGGCGCGAGACAAUCAUGAGCGUCGCGCUGAAGAGCUGGAGGGCCAAUGAAGGACCCAAACACUUGAUCGUGACGGUUUGGGUUGCAGUCAAUGUCUGCCUGUUCUGGAGGACAUUCAUGUUGUACUUCAGCGGAGCGCAGUAUUAUUAUCUACACAAGAUGCUGGGGCUGGGCCUCUGCAUCAGUCGAGCAUCGGCCUCCGUUCUAAACUUAAACUGCAGUCUGGUGCUGCUGCCGAUGUGCCGAUCGCUGCUUACCUUCAUCCGAGGAUCUCAGCGGGUGACGGGGAGAUGUGUUCGUCGGCUGCUGGAUAAGAGUAAGACGUUUCAUGUGGCGUGUGGAGUCACUAUAUGCAUCUUCUCAGUGGUUCAUGUGAGCGCUCACCUCGUGAACAUGGUCAGUUUCUCCGUCAGAUAUUCAGAGGAUUUCCCUGCGCUCAAUGUCGCUCAGUACCGAGGACAGGAUCCUAGGAUUCUCAUCAUAAGCACAGUUCCUGGAGUUACUGGUGUUCUGUUGGUGCUGGUGUUGUUUCUGAUGUUUACAGCGUCGUCUUAUUGUAUUAGAGUCUCAAACUACGAAAUUUUCUGGUACACUCACAACCUCUUCAUCGUGUUCUACAUUAUUCUGAUGGUCCACGUAGCAGGGGGAGCUUUAAAGUAUCAGUCAAACGUGGAGGCCCACCCACCCGGCUGUACACACAGCAAUCUCAGUUCAUGGACCAAUCACAAAGCAGCAGGAGAGAAGGGGGCGGAGUUUGCAGGUGCACCACAAACAGUUUGUCAAGAAGAGGCUCGUUUUCAACCCCAUUUUCCUCAGACAUGGCUGUGGGUCUCAGCUCCUCUCUGCCUGUACUGUGCCGAGCGGUUGUAUCGUUUCAUAAGAAGCAGCGCUGCUCCUGUUACCGUAGUUUCUGUCGUUAGUCAUCCAUGUGAUGUGGUAGAAUUGCGCAUGCUGAAAAGUGGCUUUAAGCCCCGCCCUGGACAGUACAUCCUGCUGAACUGUCCAAGUGUCUCGUCAUUUGAAAACCAUCCCUUUACUCUUACCACAUGUCCAACAGUGAAGAAUGAAACAUUUGGUAUUCAUCUCAGAGUGCUGGGAGACUGGACCUCGAGCUUUUCUCAGCUGCUGCUUCAAAAGCCGAACAGCUCCGAGAUCCUUCCCAUGAUGCAACAGAGGAGAUACCCCACAGUGCACGUGGAUGGUCCGUUUGGCAGCCCGUCAGAGGAGGUGUUUAAUUACGAGGUCAGCCUGUGUGUGGCAGGAGGGAUCGGAGUCACGCCGUUCGCUUGUGUUCUACAAGCACUAUUUGAUGAUUGGCGUCAAUAUAAGUUGAGGAGGCUGUAUUUCGUUUGGGUUUGCAGGGACCUUCAGUCUUUCUAUUGGUUUGCUGAUCUACUGUGUGGCCUUCACGAGAGGCUGUGGCGGGACAAUCGUCCAGAUUAUCUGAAUGUUCAGCUCUACCUCAGUAACACUCAGCGAUUACAGAGCAUCGGUGAGGAACGUUACCGUUUCUUGAGCUCCAGGCUUCGGAUUGGUCGGCCAAAAUGGAAGCUCCUUUUCCAGGAAAUAGGGAGAGCCAAUCAGCUUAAAAGAGUGGGGGUUUUCUGCUGUGGACCCAAAGGGAUCUCUAAGGCGUUACACACUCUGUGCAAUUCAAACCCACACACAGGAACUGCAUUUGAGUACAACAAAGAGUCCUUCAGCUGAGGGACGCAAACAAACCCAUCGUUUCAUGCCAAAUAAAUAGCCAUUAGAGCGUCUGUCACUGAGGAAUGAGGACAAAUGUAGAUGAAGAUUCAUGGACAACAUCCUCGUCUAAAAAUGAAUCCUCGGACAAAAAGACGGAGAGCCGGUAAACAGUGUAAUGAGAUGGAAAACUUGCACAGUUAUGUUCUUAUUCAGGGAAUAUUUGUGAUUCUGCAUGCAGAGUUUGUCUACGUUAACCUGCACAAUCCUUGAUAGACCCUUAUGCCGAGUUCACACUGCACGAUUUUAGCCCUGAUUUUCACUCGCCGACAGGUUUUGCGAAAUGACAUACAGCCAAUGAGGAAGCAAGAUACAGGGCAGCGGGAAGUUUGGGGAGAACUUAGUUUUUUUUAAUUAUUUUUUUUAUUAUUUAUUAAGCAAUUAGCCAUGCACAAACAACGUGGCAAUAUCAGUACAUUUUCGCAUUAGAAAUUAGAAUAUACAGAACAGGUGCAUGAAGAAAUAUAGGCCUACAUAUAUAUGUACAAUAAAAAAAUUAAUUAAACAUAAAAGGGGGCUAGGGUUUUUCCUGUAAAUUUUCUUCUAUAAAGGACAAAAGUUUUAUUGCAUUUUUCUUUUUCAUCACUUUAAGGGCUUUUGUAGACAAGCUCAUUAUAAAAUGCACAAAAUGUGGGUUUCACUUUCAAGUACUUAGAUUUGUGUAUAUAUACGAUUUUCCCAAUAGAAGUAGGGUACAACUAAAUCAUCUUUGUUAUUGUUUGUUCGAGGACUGUAGACCACAAAAUCAGCGUGAUCUUGCGUUAUUUCCUUAUCACUUCUCGUGUGCGUUUGGUUAUGAAACAUAGUUUGCGGAGCAGACAGAGUUGUCGGCGAUUCUUCCUGUUGUAAAGUCAUGCAGUGUGAAAAACCUACUGUCACCGAUCUGUCGUGCAAUGUGAACACAGCAGCAACUGAAUGCUACCCCAGAUAGUCGUGCAGUGUGAAAACAACGGUGAUCCGAUGAUUUUGAAAAUCAUUUUAAAGGAAUCAAUUAAAGGAAUAGUUCAACCAAAAAUGAAAAUUUGCUGAAAAUGUACUCAUUCUCAGGCCAUCCAAGAUGUAGAUGAGUUUGUUUCUUCAUCAUAUUUGGAGAAAUGUAGCAUUACAUCACAUGCUCUGCAGUGAAUGGGUGCCGUCAGAAUGAGAGUCCAAACAGCUGAUAAAAACAUCACAAUAAUCCACAAGUAAUCCACACCACUCCAAUCCAUCAGCCAAAAGCUGCUUGUUUAUAAGAAACAAAUCCAUCAUUAAGACACUUUCAACGUCAAACUGUCACUUCUGGCCAAAAUAUAAGUCCAUAAUCCAUAAUAACACUUCCUCCAGUGAAAAAGUUAAUCUCCUGGAGUGGUGUGUAUUAUUGUGAUGUUUUUAUCAGCUGUUUGGACUCUCAUUCUGACGGCACCCAUUCACUGCUGAGCAAGUGAUGUAAUGCUACAUUUCUCCAAAUCUGAUGUGAUGAGAAACAAACAGAGUAAAUGUUAAGUAAAUAAAAUUUUUUGAUUGAACUAUUCCUAUAAAAACUGGGUUAAAUGGCACUAGUUCAACCAAAAAUGAAAAUUCUGACAUCAUUUAUUCACCCUCAUGUAAUUUCAUAUGUUGUCUUGGUUACUAAUAGUAUGUUUUGGCUUAUUUUAUACCUUUAUGAACACAAACGUACAUGCAAACCAUAUUUAAAGUAUAACUUUUCAUUCUUUUAAAAUAUUUAUUUCUUUUGUGUUCUGUACAGCACAACAGUACUUGUAUUAUUGUUCAUAUUUUAUUAGGACAGAAACUUGUGUUUUAAGUGAAUUGCACUGUUAUUGUAUCACCACUGCCAAAGAUUUCAUUUAAUCACUGAUUUAUCAUAUAAAUCUUUUUAAUAUGA